AUGGAAUUAUUGAAACAUAGUGGUAUAAGUAUACUUGAUUCCUCUAUACAAAAUGAAAAUUGUUAUGAUAUAAAUGAGAUAAUUGGACCGGAACUUGAUGAUUUAAAAAGAUUUAUUACUUCUGUGUUAUCAGGUCGAGAUUCCUCAGGAUUUUGCAGACUUAAACUACAAGAGUUUGUAAGAGAAUGUGAUGCAUACGGGAAAACAGAAUUUCUAAUCAAUGAAAUUGAUGAUCUCCUGGAUAAUCUACUAGUUCAACUACUCUCGGAAAUAGAUGAUAAUUUUGGCCGAAAUGUAGAUAAAAGACCGAGAGCUAAGCGUUCUUCCAGCUCUAAAAAUUCGCCAGAACAUUUUAAUUUACUUUCAAAAUUUGAAGUUUUUUGGUGUAGAAUUCGUACAGGAAUUGUAGAGGCGAUAAAGUUUUCUCUAGAACAUUUCAAUUUUAGUAUCAAAGUGGUAGAUUUCUUUAAAAGAGAUGUUAAUGAACGUAGCUUGCUAUAUGAGAACCUCCAAACAGGAGCUUUAAAUUUAAUCGCAUCACAUAGAACGGGAACACCAGUUGAUUUCUCACAACUACGCAAUAUCAUAAAUUUUUUCAUUUCAAUAGGAGUAGCUUAUAUUUUAGUCUUUUUCAUUAAUUUUGAAGUGAAACUAUUGAAGGGUACAACGAGAUUCUAUAAUAGCUUGUCGAGAGAUUAUAUGAAUAGUUAUUCGAAUGUCGAAUGUUUCACAAAAUUCGAUAGCGCAAUCAAAUUUGAGAAAAAAAUAUGUGAAUCUUUUUUGAUCGAAGAAACUGUAGCGAAAGUGAUUCAAACCGUGAAAAAUGAGCUGUUGUACACAAAGUCUAAUUCAUUGAUCGGAGAUGAAAAGUUGAAAAAAAUAAUAAGAGAUAAUGAUUUGGAUACUCUAAUCCUGAUUAACUCUUUAUACUCAAAUUCACAAUAUAUUCCAUUAUUUCUAGAUAACAUCUUCAAAUCAUUUAAAGAGAUAUUUUGUGAACGUAUGGCUGAGCAUAUGAAUUCUAAGGAUUAUGAAAAGUCGGACCUGUUUGUAAAAGAUAUAAGGGAAUAUCAGGAAAAAAUUGAGAAAUAUGUAAGGCCAAUGACUACGCAAAGUGAUUAUAACACGAGAAUUAAAAAAUUUUGGGUUUCGAUCUUUACCUCCACCGAUUCAGCCAUCGAAUAUAUUUCACUCACUAUCAGCAAGUUUUGUGAUGAGUUGCACCUGAAGUCUACAAUGACUGAUUUCACGAGUAAAAUAAAGUUCUUCGUCUUCAUAUUCCAGUUUCUGCCAAACAAGUCUUAUUUCGAGAUGUGUCUUCGUACCUUUUUGACAAUGAGACUUUUGUACCAUAAAUACCUGGACCAAAGCCACGUGAAUAUUAUUAAAAUACUAGAAAAGGAAUGUGGGCCUGAUUACACAUGUAAACUGAUUGAUUUGAUUGAUUUUCAUCAAAAAUCUAAAAAGUUGGUGACGGAGUUUUGUGUGGAAGAUCGUUUCAACUUCAGCCUCGUGUUGGUAAACAAAGAUUGCUGGAUUCAUAAGAACAUUAAGGAGUUCGACAAGUCAAAGGAAUUUAAUGACUCUGAGGUUGUUGAAGCAGCUGAAGUUGAGGAUAAAAGUACCAGUUUUCAGUCGAUUUUGAAUAAUCCCAAAUACGAUGCCCAAGAAGGCACGACCCUAGAAAAAAUCUUGGAACUGCAAAACGACUUCAAGACUUUCUACGAGCUUAAAUACAACAAAAAGUUACUACAGUACCUAACGCAUUUGGGUUCAGCAGUUCUUGAAAUUGAUAUAAAGGGUCGAGUCCAUGAACUUAAAGUGUCAGCUUAUCAAGCCUAUUGUUUACUUUUGUUUAACAACUAUAAAUAUCUGACUUUGUCGCAGUUGGAAAGUAAAUUAAACGAUGAAUACGAUGACGCGACUGUGAGGAACCAACUCUCAAUUCUAGAAGAUAACGGGCUUAUUAGGUUUUAUAACCCUGAACGUACCUUUAUUACAUGUAGUAAAAACGACUAUUUCGAGCUAAACUUAAACUUGAGUCAAGAAGCAGUUGAUUUCAUGCCCAAGAAAGAGGAACUAUUUAACAUAAACAUGAACUACACAGUUACUAAAUCCACUUUUGACGACAUGAUGUUGUACAUUGAGUCUACAAUCAUGUUAUACUUGAAGCAGACGCUUGAGUCCUCAAGUUCAACGAUCUUUAAGCUCUUUAGCAAAAACCCUAACUUCACUCUAUCCAGACAACAGUUUAACAGGAUCGUUGACUCUCUAAUCGCCAGGGAAUUUAUUAAAUACAGUGAAUCAAACAAAGAAGUUCUUCAAUACGUACCAUAA